GUUCUGGGGCCCGCCCAAACUACACCGGUGGCAUUCAAGUGCAUCAAACAAAUGCUGAAAGUUUGAACGUCGCAUCUCAAGAAUGCCCUUCAAUCUACCUGGGAUACUUGUACCUUUCCACCUCCUCCUCAACCCGCGGCUCUUGGUUCCGGGUGUCGUCGUGAAAGACAUCCGCCAGCUUGACUUUCCUGCUCUCUAUAAGGCUGGCUAUCGUGGCGCUGUGUUUGACAAGGACAAUUGCCUGACAAUCCCACAUGAGGACAGGCUAGUCCCAGAGAUCAUAGAGGCAUGGCAGGAAUGCAGAGAGACGUUUGGACCAGGGAACGUACUCAUCGUUAGCAACACCGCGGGUUCCCAUUUGGACGUCGGGGAGAUUGAGGCGGAAUCAGUUUCGCACCAUCUCUCCGCUCCUGUGCUACGACACGCAUCCCUCAAACCAUCGUACGCAUGCAUCAAGUCUAUCCGCGCGUACUUCGCGUCGCUUCCUAAGCCUGUAAAAGACGAAGAGCUAGUCAUCGUCGGCGACCGGCUGCUCACCGACAUCGUCAUGGCAAAUCGCAUGUCCCGGCGCGCUCCUCCCUCGUCGCCAAAUCUUUUCGAUAGCAGCACAGAGAAGAGCUCAUCUGGAGGCGUCGACGAUUUGGCCCGACCUGCGAGGGUGGGACCCCUAGCGGUGUGGACGGAAGGGCUAUGGGAGAGGGAAAACCUGGUACUUCGCGCGUUGGAGCGGGGGAUGCUGAAGGGGGCGGAACGGUGGGUUCUGAAACCUCAGGAGAUUGCGUGGCGCGAUAGCCUACGGCAUAGGUUCGUGAAGCCUGUCCCUGUCGUCGAGGAGGGGGUUGUGAAGGAAGGGUGGGUGAGAAGGCUGGUACGGCGGUUUCGGAGCUGAGGCCUGGUAGCCCAAAAGUUAUCAGCCCUAAUUUUCUGGAUGCUGCUUUACGAUUUAACUUGUAUUUAAAGCUCUUUAAUUUGAUUCCCC